GGCUGUCAUUAGAUAACUUUUCCAUGUGAUUAUCGCGUAUCGGCUUGCGGUGUUCUUUCCUUCGGCGCGCACACUUUUCGCCCUGAAAACACUUCAAAAAUGUGAAAUCUGGUAAAAAUUCAGUGUUUUCCGAGUGAAUCAAUCGAUUGACCAGUGAAUGGAUAAAUAAAUCGAACCCCAGGAGUGCGUUAACCAGUGGAAAAGUUCGAAAGCCGAAAAUAGCCAUCGGAAAAUAUUUUCACGUGAAAAAAAAGUAGAGUGCUGCUGUUGCUGGUAGUGGUCAUCGUGUCCGCCUGACUGCGGUGUGAGGGAUCGCGCAGCAUAGCGGAAGAAAAAGAGGAGCAAUCAAACAGUGGAAGCUCUCGGGGCAACAGUCGCGUGUUUUAUAAGAAGUAAAAGGUGAAUAAUUUGCUAAUAUUUGGAAAUAUUGUUGCUGACGUGCAUGGCAUUCGGAAGUGAGGAGUAUAAGGAAUAGAGCUGCUGGUCGAAUAUAGGAAUCGACCUUCGGAGGUGAUUGUGAGCAGCGCACAGUGAAUGGUGACCUAGUGAGAUUGUAACAAUAGUCAUCGACAAAUAGCAGCCAACAGAACGGCAGUCUCGGUUCUGGAGAAACAAAAUCUUCCAGAACCGAGAUAUAAUUUCAAUCCUCACCCAAAGAAUACGGAUAAAGAGGCGUUGUAUAGAUCUAGCACAAUUGUAGAUACGAUGGAGUCUAGGAUAUUAAAUUCUGCUGCAGCCAGGGUAGCUCCAACUUCGGCACACUUUAUCGGAGGCAAAAGAAGUCAUACUUUUGCCGGUGGUUUUCACCAGUUUACUAGCGAAAAAUCAAUUCGUAGCUUACAAUACAGCAUACCGGCCGUUGGAAACCACUAUGGCAACGCUUUCGCUCCCGACGACGAAAUUGACGACGACGGCGGCGAAGACGAUGAUUGUAGGGUUUACGAACCGUUACCCUGGGCCCGUAUAGUCAAUCAAUGAACGUCGGCAGCAUGACCGAUGGGGAAUAUUACGAUGAAGACGAUGAAGAAAUUGAUGAGGACGUUGAAAUGUCUCCAGCAAUCGAAGUGAUCUCCAUUGAUCCAAACUGUGACUACGAUUCAGAUGAAGAGGAGGAGGAGGAAGAAGAGGAGGAACAAAUCAGAGAAGCGGUCGUAGAAGUGCACCCGCCUGUAACAUUUCAGGCAGAUACUAGUAACGAAGUUCCUGUACCGGCGGAAGCCCCAAGUAUAGGGGGGCAAAUCGUGGAACAAACGGUAGUUGUACAGGAAACGGUGCUUCACAGUGUGCGUGCUGAGGUACCCGUUGAAGAAAAUGUGAUAGAGUGUUUGGAAAGUGAUGACAUUGAACCGGAGUUGGAGAACAUCCAUCGCGAUUCUGAUGAGGAAGGUUCCGGGAAUAAUAGUAGUAGCGAUAGUAAUAGUAGUAGUAGCAGUAGCGACAGCAGCAGUGAUAGUGAUAGCAGUAAAAGUAGUCAUAGUAGAAACAGAAGCAGAAACAAUAGCAGCUCAUCCCGUUCAGGAGGCAGCAGGUCCACAUCCACGGCUUCCAGUCAUCCCAGUGAUUUUGUACAUGGAUCCGAUCAAGAGGAUGCAGAAACCGUUAAGCUAGAUAAUCUAGCAAAGGUGAUAGAACGUCGCAAAUUGAUGGCGAUUGAGCGACGCAAACGCAUGACUAGUAUCAAUAGAAAGUCGUUUUCGUUACCACAUUCACCGGUUGGGGGUGCCAGUGGUGGUGUGUUGCAUGACAUGACAAGUUUAAGUUUCGAAGAUCUGGAUGUGUCGGCCAUAGUUAAUGAUCUGAGUCCAUUAAAAGCUCCGAUUCGUGCCAGUGAGUCCGAUGAUAAGUUAGUCCAAGAGAUGGCAGAGAAUAAUUUCGAUCUGGCUGCUUACAUAACGGAGGAUGACUUUGUGACAACGGAUUCUGAAAAGCGGGAUGCACAGAACUCAAAACCUAAAGUAUCCCCGGUGAAGAAGCCACCGAAAUCUCGCGGGAAGCAGUUGAAAAUGCUAAGAGAACUCAUGAUUUCACCAAAAUUUGGCAACCAAGAGAGCGGAUUCUCCCGAAGGUCCUGCACUAACAAAUCUCGAGCUAUAGUAGAGGACAGUGGCUCGGAUUCAGAUGAAUCUGAAUCCGAAAACGAUACGAGAACAUGCGUGAAACUUUUCGGAAUCGAAAAAGUGAUUGGCAAGCCAAAGCGAAAAGACGACGACACAAAAGCGGAUCCAACUUGGAAUCCAAAUGGAACGGUAUCUGCAAAGCAGACACCACGACUUAAUCAAACCCAGAAGACUUCUACAGUGCCAGUUGUUGCACCAGUCCAUCAAUCGAAUAAGCGAGAUCCAAGUGAUAUAAAAAGCCAAUCGGUCCCAGUAAAAUCCUGUGAAACCACUAAACCUGUAAAUAGUUCAAAAAACAAAAAUAAGAUGCUUAGCGCUGGUUCGCAAUUAGCACGCAAUAAAAUGCUUUCGUUGAUGGCUAAAAACAAGCAAUCAAUACAUGCAGUUAAACAGCAAAUUAAACCGACUGGAAGCGCUAGCAAGAGUAGCAAUAAUCAAAAUAAAUCAUCCGAAGAAUUGAGAAAGAAACAACCGACCGUCAGUAACAACGUAAAACUAGAUCACGAUUACUGUUCACCAAAAAAGGGUUCCAGCCAAAAUGUAGCCCCAAUUCCUCAACGAAAAGCGAUAGAAAUCCCAUUCUUAUUGCCGGGCUUGGAACAGCUUCACAAGAGAAAGAAAUUCUCGAAGAACAAGCAACGGCUUGAAGCCACCAAAACAAAAGUUAAAACAACCGUCGAAUGCGAUAAGAAGGAGAAGGAGCUAAACAAGCCGAAUAAUGAGAAAGAUGCAAAUACUGAAAUUAAGCACGUUAUUGCACCGGUCGUAAAGCAGGAGAUCACUGUAAAGGAAGAACCGAAAGAACGGAUAGAGGUGACAACAAAUGGACUGAAUAAUACUAAAACGCAACCCAAGCAAGUUUCCUUACUUAAGAUUAAUCAGAACAAACCAAACGGCAUGCCAAUGACCUCAAUUCCCGUUUGCAACAUUAAACAAGAACCGUCGGACCAGGAACCCAAGGCUGAAUCAAUCAAUGCAACCAGUAGCAGUAGUAGCGAAUCUAUGGUAAAGGUUAAGAAGAAACUGAACUUGCAGGAGUACAAGAAACGCCGCGAACAUCCUGCAGAUGAUACGCCCGUAUCGGCAAUGGUGACGGAGUGCAGCAGUAAAACCAGCAUCGUCAGCACGUCGUCUGUGAGUGAAUCAAGUAGUAGGGAAGAGCUGGAAAGUGUAGCGAUAGAAAAGAGCGCAUUGCAGCCGGAACCAACUAAACAUUCUGCGGAAUGCAAGGCUCCUCUUGAUCCAAUUUCGGCAGCAAAACUCAAAGCCCUGCGUAUGCAGCAACUGAAGAAGGAAGCCGCCAUUAAGUCCACCGAAGCCAACAUUAUCCCGAAAACCGUUCCGCAGAUUGUGCCAUUGGUUGAAAUAACUUCGAUCAAGUUCGAUGAACAUGGAAACCCCAUGCCAUAUGACAAGAAUGCUGAAAAAGAUGCUGCCGAUAUGAAAUUGCACAAAGAUUAUGAAGAAAUUAUCAUCGUUUCAAUGGGGUGUAACACAGAAGUUACGAUAAACCCACGCGAACUGAACAAGGAAAAGGCCAAAACGGAAAAAUCCAAAAACAUUCCGAAGAACGAGUUGCUGUCUAAUAUCACGGAUACAAUCAAGCGGUGUCAGUCGUCGGCCCCGGCGAUCAUCUCCAGCAGUUCAUUAAUUUCCAGCAUUAAAGAAGUUGUGAUUCGGAAGAAAUCCUGCAACAAGACUGAAUCCAGUGAAAUUAUCUCAAGGGUAAAUUCAGCGGAGAAAAGAAAGGUUGGUGGUGGCCAAGCCAACCAACAAGGAUCUCCAAAUGUGGGCGUUUCUCCCCCUAAUUCAUUCUCUCCUGGAAAGCCUGAAAAGGCUGGCGGAGCGUAUGAUCAAUCACCUUCAUUUGACUACGAUGAUGGUCAACUGCAAUCACCUCCCGAAAAGGCCAAACAAAACGAGCAUGGGGAGGACAAAAUUAUUAUGCAUUUACGAAAGGAUCGACAACGGUUAAAAGGAGUUUCCGUUGCCAUCCAAACUUCACCAAUAUAUCGCUUUCCAGAACUGAAACGGUUAUCACCCGUCAAAAAGGAAAGAACCGUGUCUCGGAGUAGCUGUGGAUCAGCUCAACGUAGCUAUAGUCGCCAAAGCGCCGGUAGAAGUCGUGACCGCCUACGGCGGCAGUAUCGAAGACGUCGGAGUCGCAGUUCUUCUUCGGAACCUGAAUCCCGCAUAAGGUCUUCUAACUCCAUACGAAGUAGCAAGCACCGAUCGUCCUCCAGAAGAAGCCGCAGCAGGUGUAGUAGUUCGAGACGUAGAUCUAGGUCCCGUUCUCGAUCCCGGUCCAGGUCGUACAGACGUCGCAGUCGUAGCGAUUCACGUCGUCGGCGAUCAAGUUUGUCAUCGGAGCGGCGUCGCUACUACGAACGAGACUACUCAAGGCGUGGCUGCAGCAGUAGAAGAAGACGCUCACGCAGCUCCUCGUCGCGUUAUUCUUCCAGCAGCAGCAGCUGUAGUUCGCGAUCGCGGUCACGAUCGGUGUCCCGUAGCAGUAGAUCGCGAUCGCGGUCUUCGUCCCGUACUUCUUCCCGGGCAAGAAAUCCACCUCACAAUGAGUAUCGUCGGACAGCCCAAUCACCAGAGAGAAAAAUCGUUUACGUGGGUCGAUUAGAACCGGCGUUGAAACGAGAGGAUCUCAAGAGGAAGUUCAUGCAAUACGGGCGAAUCAAGCAAGUGACAAUGCACUACAAGGAAUCAGGUGCAAAGUAUGGUUUCGUCACGUUCGAGAAGCCACAAGAUGCUUACAAAGCCAUCGAUUCAAGUUCUAAGGAUCCGGCUCUAAGCGUGUACGAUGUAAGCUUCGGCGGCAGACGAGCUUUCUGCCGCACGGAGUAUGCUGAUCUCGAUGGCGACUUAUCGAUGGACCAUGAAACAGUAGUUCCCUUCAUCGCACCGGAUGGGUCCCUGGUGAUGGCCCCCAAUCCAAUGACCGUCGUGCCGCGCAAGAGCGACGGCGAUUCCUUCGAGGAGUUGCUCAAGAAGCUGAAGAAAGAAAUAAGUGCGAAGAAGCCACGUAAGUCAUGACCACCGAACGUAGACUCCGGUGACGCGUGUCUCGUUUCGUCUGUUGGUUUUCCCUUUCGUAGAAAGUGCCGGACCAACAGCAGCAAGUUGAAAAUACCUCCAGAAGAAAAUGUGUUUUUCUAUUUAAUAUCUGCCCGUUGCUACGUCAAACUUAUUUACGGGUUGUUCAAUGCUACCAUUUUACUUUAAAUCAAAAACGCAAUCAUGUUCAGCGGUGUUCCGUUUUUAUUUUAACCACUAAAAUAAUAGAUGUUCAAGUUCUUUCGUUUUUACCCCGCGAAAAAUUCAACGCAUUUUUAGUAUCUUCAGUUUCCAAAUUUGCUACCUAUGCCAGAUUAUGAUACAUAUUUGAUUCAUUCUCCCAUCACCGGUGCCAUUGCAAAUCAGUUCACUAAAGAAGAUUUUCCUCGUGGGGAAUACGCAAUCCCUCACAUAAAAAAAAUAUCACUGCUGAUGUUCUUUUGAUUUAAUUGUACGUAACAUCCAGUAAGGCAUCGUUAUCAAUAGUGGUACAGUAAUGUGUUGAAAAAGUGUUCCACCCUUCAAGUCGGAAGUAAAAUAAUCCACUUGAUCCUAAUAAUUAUAAUAUUUAAAGUUGUUCUCUGUUUUUUUCGGAAAUGUAAAAUUCAAAGUAUAAUGCCCAAUUUCAUAUAAAGCAAUAGAUAGGGUCUUAAAAUCAAUUUGAUUAAUCUAUUACAUUGAAGCACUAUUGUUAACCUUUGGUUUAUAACGUUAAUUUGUACAUUUAUUAAAAAUAAACUUGUUAUCGCAAAUAU